GUGAGACUAACGUUAUUUUUUCACUCAACUGCUAGGCGCCAGCUUGCGUACCUCGUCAUGAGGAAACACCGCACCUUUCGGAUGUGGCCGGGCGUCCACGACGCCGCGGAUUAUGCCGCGUGGUACGUAGGGCCUCGCACCGCGGCUGAAGAACCAGAGUAUCCAUUUUAUGACGCCUGGUGGCAAGACCUUGUCAAAGCAUCGGCGCCAACGACGAACCUCGGAGCAACCCCUGACGGCGGCCAUGGGGACUCCGUUAAGGAGAAGAAGGCUACCAAGUGGUUGACCGGCCGCCUUGAAAUGUUUGGUCUCUGGUCUGAAUCUGCUCAACACGAUAAAAACUGGGCAGCAACCAUGUUUGGGUUGUGCGAUCUUGGCGACACCUGGGACUCAUGGAUAUUGGUCCGCAUGAUCCAGUCUACCUUGGUCUGGAGAGAGAAUGAAGUUCCUGCUGCAUUGCUCGAACAACAUCACAUUCUCACUGACGAGAUCCCGCUCCCUUUCACCCACCCCAGCACAUUUGUUGAGAUUGCUCGAUACGACUCGCCUGCCUACAGGAUCAAGUCCGUACCGGACACGGAGGUAGAGUUAGUGAGAGAGCUUGUCGAAAGCGUUGGUCUCGAGCACAACGACGCUUGGGACCUUGUCUAUUUCGAGGCAACCCGAAAUGUUCUAUUCCCCCAUUUCAGCGUGCCCGGCGAGGACCGCCCGCACGUCUUCUACUUGACUGAAGAUGUGAACAAGCGUUACCUUGCCGAAGGCCGCCAGUUCCCCGGCCAGUCACUGCCUUGUCGCUGUCCGCGCUGCGCUCCGAACCGAUAUCAAGGCAGUGCUAUUGGGAUGUGGGAUUCACCUUCCCACGUUUCCAAUCCAAAGACAGUAGUAUUCUCCCGCCGCAAACUGCAGGACACCUCAUUCCUUUCCAACCCGAAUCGUUUCUGGAUCGAUUGGAACGACUGCAUCUUCAUCAUGGGCCGCGGUGAAAAGGACGGUCAUAUCAUCGACGGUGACACUAUCUACAUCCUGGAGACCCUCCCAGGCAUCAAAGCUCGUGCCUUAAAGGAAGCCCGUGUGGAUCGAAAUGACGAGCGGCUUGGUCUGGCGUCGGCCAGCCUCUUCUUCAACCUAAGACUCGCACAUCAAGGUCACUGGAUGGAUGGCAACCGCAAUCUACUCAGAGAUAUGAUGGGUAGUCGCUACCGUCCCCAUUACAAUGACUUCGCCUAUGUGAUCCCGCCAUCCGAGUUCAACUUUGGAGAAGCCGUGCCACUUCGCCACGGCAGCUAUGGCAGAACAUACAGUGUUCCCUGGGGAAAAGCGCGGCAGUACGAUCUUAGCGGAGACAUUGUGUACGUGAAUGGGUCAGCCAUCAUCAAACUCGUCGCCGACUUUCGGCAGACGGAUUCUCCGGUCAAUCCGGCAGAGUUGUUCCGCACCAAGUUUGAAGCUUUCUACAACGCCAUUGCCGGCAACCGAUUCCAUAACAUCGUCACCUUCUUUGGCUACACGCCCGUGACCGUUUGGUAUACCGAUGACGACGAGCCACACCUAUCGAAACCCAAUAUUACCGCAGGUACAGGGCUCCGUAGUGAGCGUGUGUGGGCUUUUGUGUUUGAACAUGCCACCGAGGGCCCCCUUCUGGCCAAGAUAGCGGAGCUCGUCAAACUUUCCAUGCCGCGGAUGCCCGUGGAUGAGACCUGGUACACCCUGUUCAAGCUGCUUUUCGAAGUCGGCACUGCUAUCCGGGGCGUUCACGUCACCGGACCGCACCGCGCUAUCCACCCGCUCAACAUCCUCGCCCGCAAUAACCCCAUGCACCCUCGGGCGUCAGUCUUCAAGCUCCCACGCACCGUCGACUCGUUACUAGACGAGCUGCCCAUUGCCGAGCGGUACCAAGCCGUUCUCUGCGAGCCGAGCGACGUUCCUUCAGUGCACCUCACCACCCCCGGCGGACUCUACCACCAUUACCUGGCACCCGAGAUCCGGUUUGCCACUGCUGCUGCCACCGGCGGAUAUGAUACUAGCAAUCACACCACGUCCACCGAUACGUAUGGUUUUGCGCGGUUCGUUCUCGACGCCAUACGAGUCGCGGGGCGCAAGGGCUUGAAUGAUACAUAUGGAGCUGGGGGUGUCGUGUUGUUUGUCGAGAUCUUGGCGUUGCUUGAGGGUAUACUGAGCUGGCACGACCGGGCCGAACAUGACGAGAAAGUCAAAGAAGAGGCGACUUGCGAUGACAACUCGAAGAGAGAUGGUCACACGGGUAAUGAUGGACAGCCACACCCGGUCUGGCAAGCAAUCUGCCGUCGCUACAUGGGUCUUGACCGCGAGCAGGCCAUGGACGAGCUCGUGAAGAUCAUGCGUGAUGUGGUCACACAGCAGGUGUACCUCGUGAGGUCUUACCUUGUGCCGUCCGACAACAUCUGGUACGACAUGGAGAACACCGUCCCGAACGUCUGGUCGGUGUUGGACGAACCGAUGGGAGGGUUGAAUCGCAGCACGGUGCAGCUCUACUCGAUCUACGAGCAACAGGCCGUUGGAGGACGCUGGCCAGGGGACUCGUCGAGCGAUGGGGACGACGAUUCAGAGGAUCAUGGUUUGGGUGAUGAUUCAGAUCAUGAUGACGGUGAUGAUGUAGAGGAUGAGGGUGAUCAUGAUAGAUCAGAGGAUGACGGUGACGAUUCAGAGGAUGAAGACGAUGAUUCAGGGGGUGGAGGUGGUGAUGAUGAUGGGGAUGAACCUGUCUGGAGGGAGCAUGUAUCGUCGCAGGGACCGCAGAGUGAGGAUCAUCUCUUGAGCGGGCCCUUGAGCCUGGGCUCUUACCACGCCGUCGGCGAUGUUGAUUUAUGACUCUUCCCUUUAAUUGUUUCAGGCGGAGGGUAUUUGUCAAGAAUAUGUCCCGAGUUUCUUUCCAUUUCAAGAUCGAGUAUAACGAUUACUGGCUCUUAGUCUUAGGUACUUAUCACCUUGUGGCGAGGACGAAUAGAGCGCAGCACCAGACAA